UCUAAGCGAUGAGCCACCCAAUCACAAACCAAGAUUGGGCUCAAAGUGGCAUUUACUAACGAAGUCAGGUCACCGGGAACAGAACUCUGGUGUAAAUUUUGACUUGAAAGAACUAGUAGGGAUAGUAUAAGCUGCAGCAAUGAUUCAUGGCAGGGAAUGCUUGAAUGUUCCAAUUUAUAAGCCAGCAAUGCAGGUAGGUUUUUUUUUGUUUUAAAAAUGUUUUUGAAAAUGUUUUUAGAUAUAUUAAAAAUAAUUUUUAAAAAAUAAAAAAUAUAUUAUUUUUAUAGCUCGAUGUACAAAAGCAUUUUAAAUAAUAAAGUAACCCGCAAUCAGAUUCCUCAUCUGUGAAUAACAAAGCAGAACCAGAGUAAUACUACCUGCAGGUCCCGAUAACAAGACCAAAAUUGCGCUGUGGCACUCGUGAUGUUUUUUAUCGCUGCCUAAAUUAAAAAAAUAUGAUCUGUAGGUGCAAAAAAGGUGCUGGGCAUCCAUGUUCGUAUCUGAUAUCCAAAACAAGGCCAAUUCAAAGCCUCCUGAGGACUACAUUCAUGUUAGAGCAAGGAAGGGUCAAGCAACUGAUAGCCAUAGCCUUGUUGAAAGAGUUCGAAGAGAGAAAAUUAGUGAACGAAUGAAGCUUCUCCAAGAUCUUGUGCCUGGUUGCAAUAAGGUCACAGGAAAAGCCUUUAUGCUUGAUGAAAUCAUAAAUUACGUGCAGUCAUUGCAACGGCAAGUUGAGGUUGCGCGCAAGGCAGCCCCAACAACAGGAGGGGUGAAGAAGCCCAACGGAUACAGACCCAGAAUUCACAAGUACCAGAAGAGUACUGAGCUACUCAUCAGAAAACUCCCAUUCCAGAGACUUUCACAGAAUUUCAAGGCUGAUUUCCGGUUUCAGAGCCAGGCCGUUUUGGCCUUGCCGAGGCAGCUGAAGCAUGCCUUGUUGGAUUGUUUGAGGAUACUAAUCUUUGUGCAAUCCCUGCCAUGCGGGUUACUAUCAUGUCUAGGGAUGUUCAGCUUACCAGGUGAACCCGUGGUAAAAAAGCAUAAAAACCUGUGGGUUUUCACUUUAGGAUUUUUCUCUUGUUUUUUACCUUUUCUUUCAGUUUUUUGUCAUUUUUUAUCAGUAGAACAGACAAAUCUUUGAUAAGACUGAUGCGUCAA